AUGGACGCCGGCGGCGGCGAGGACCGAGGCCCCAUGACGUACGCCCAGGCAGAGCAGUUCUUCACGUCCUUGGAGGGCCCGACAGCGCAGGAGCGCAUCGACUACAUCUUCCCCUUCCUCAUCUCCCUCCUGCCCCGGCCCUUCGUCCCCACCCCCGAGGUCGCCGGCGACGACUCCGACUCCGACAACGAGCGCUUCUCCCUUACCUCCUCCGACUCCGAGGCCUCGGGCGUCGCCGGCACGGACCCCGCCGCGGCGUUCCAUCCGGCGGCGGUCGGCGACGGCGAGGACCACAUCAGCCACCUCCCGGACGCACUCCUCUCCAACAUCGUCUCCCGCCUCACCACCCAGGAGGCCGCCCGCACCGUCGUCCUCUCCACGCGCGGGGGCGGCGUCUGGGCCGCCACUCCGCUCCUCGUUGACGACGCCCACUUCGUCGGCGCCGACCGGCACUCCGACAUCCCCAUCAUGCGCGCCGUGUCGCGCUGCGUGGCCGCGCACCCUGGCCCCGUCCGCGCCGCGCGCGUCACCCGCGUCUUUCUACGGCAACGAGACGUCCAGGACCUCAUCCUCUUCAACCGCCCGUGGCCGAUCAACAUGCCGCUCCCCGAGGACAUCCUCCGCUGCGCCUCCCUCGAGCGCCUCUACCUCGGCGUGUGGCACUUCCCGAAGAUCAGCGGCAGCGCAGCUCGCCCGUCCGUGUUUCACAAGCUCCGCGAACUCGGCCUCUUCCACUGCGUUGUCCGCGACAAAGAUUUGGACGCCCUGCUCGCGCACUGCCCGAAGCUCGAGAUCUUCUCCAUCGUCAUGUCCUACGGCGCACUGUCACGCCUCCGCAUCGUGUCCCCCAGCCUCCGUGUUGCGGUGGAUUGGCAAUCCACCCUGGAUGAGGUCUCUGCUGAAGACGCUCCCUGCCUCGAGCGGAUGAUCUUCCAGACCAUUGACACAAGGAGGUCCAUCAAGAUUGUUAGCGCACCUAGGCUGGAAGUGCUCGGGUUCCUCAACCUCAACUUACACAAGCUGGAGAUUGGUGGCAUUGCAAUCAGGGCCAGAAUGAACGUGAGGGCCAGGGCCAUGGUUCCGAGCUUGAAAAUACUCGCUGUGACACUUCAGUUUGCAUGCAACCAGGAGGCCAAAAUGUUGUCCACCCUACUCAAAUGCUUUCCUCACCUGGAGAAGCUGCAUGUCCUGGCCAUUCCAUCCAAGCCCCUUAACAGUGCCCAUGGUCUAGAGUUCUGGGAAUCCCUGGAUUCUUGCGAGUGCCUUCAGUUGCAUCUGAACACUCUCAUUGUUUAUGGGUGCCUGGUGCAGACAAACGAGAUUGGGUUCCUGCAGUACAUGAUCAGAGAGGGGAAAGCGCUCAAGGCUGUGGGCCUUUGUCCCUCACCUAAUAACAAGGUGGCGAUGGACUUGGUCUUAGCUUCUUUUGUUCAGAGCAAGGAAGCAUCUUUUGUUGAGAGCAAGGGAGCAUCAAGAGGUGGAAGCAGUGCUGAUGUUAUCCUUGCCAAAAUGGAUGGUAGCCGGAUCUUCCAAAAUGCCAUUGACAUGUCACUAGAUGACCCCUUCUCCGCGGACAACAUUCCACUUUCAUCCUCGGACAACAUUCCACUAUCAUGUUUCUGA